AUGUGGGGCUCCGUCGCGUUUAGAAAUCACCUAGUCAAGACGUGGGGACUACACGCGCAUAAAAAUCACCUAAUCCAGACGUGGGGCCUACACGCGCUUUCACCUAGUACAGACUUUUUCCUAUUGCACUUCUCCCUUGUGGAACUCCAUUCCCCCUCUGUCUGUCUGUCUGUCUCUCUCUCUGUCUCUCUCUCUCUCUAUUUCUUUCUAUCUAGUAGAAUUUAUAUUACUCUCUUUCUCUUUGACAACAUUUGUUUUGCUAUCUCUCUCUCUUGUCACAUAUGUACUGCUCUGUUUCUCUAUCUCUCUCUUACUCUCUCUCAUUCUGAUAAUAAAUUAUAUUACUCUCUCUCUCUGGUAACAUUUGCAUUGCUCUCUCUCUCUCUCUCUCUCUCUCUCUCUGGUAACAUUUGCAUUGCUCUCUCUCUCUCUCUCUCUGAAAUUAUAUUACUAUCUCUCUCUGGUAACAUUGCUAUCUCUCUCUCUUUCUUUCUCUCUCUCUCUCUCUCUCUCUCUCUGGUAUCAUUUGUAUUGCUCACUCUUUCCUUCUCUCUCUGA